AUGUAUUGUCAAAAGAUAAUUAUGAAUACUUCCAAAUAUAUUCAAAUAGUUACAAGAUUUAAUUACAUUGCUGCAAAUAUUUGGUUUUUAAAUCAGAAGAAAAAUAUAUUUUUGGUAUAUUUGCAACAAAUUAAUAAAAUUAAAAAAAGUUUUAAUAAUACAAAAUAUAGUAAUCAAUGGAAAACUUUGUCACAAACUAAGUAUUUUAUUGUGUCAGGUAGUUUUUUAUUUAAUUUAUUUAAUCCUAAAAAAGAAAAAGAUGAUAUUGAAGAAUUAAAAAUAACAAUCAAACGAUCAAUUUUAUUAAUUCAGAAAAAAGAGUUUUUGAAAGCAGAGCAAAUGUUACAUAUUGCAUUAUACCAAGCACAAACUUUACAACAUUAUGAUGGUAUAACUUAUGUAUAUGAUAUAAUGGCAAAUCUAGCAUAUGAUAUGAAUGAUUUCGAAAAAGCAAAAGAUUUAUUUAAAUCAGUUUUAAAAAGAUUAAUAGCUAAGGGAGUUCCACAAGAUGAUUUAGCAAUCAUUCAUAUUAGUCUUAAAAUAGCUGAUAUAUAUGAUAAAAUAGGAAAUAUAGAAAAAGCAGUGACUGGUUACAAAUUUUGUUUGGAACAUUUGCAAAAUCAUUUAUCUAAGAACAAUGAAAAUCAAGAUGCAUUACAAUUACUAGGUUUAAGUUCAGAAAAAUAUGCAUCAAUGCUUUUUUCACAAUCACAAUAUGCUAAUGCUCUUGAAUAUUUUAUUCAAGCUUAUGAUGUAUGCAUAAAAAUAAAUGGUGAAGAAAAUGAACAAACUGUCAUUUUACUAAAUAAUUUAGGAAGUGUUUGUUAUAUGUUACAACAAUAUGACCAAACUAUUAAGUAUUUCUCUAAAGCUGCGGAACUAGGAAAAAAAAUACCAGAUAUGGUUGACUCGGGUUAUAUUAAUAUCAAUUUAGGAAAUACAUUUAUAGCACAAGGAUUAUAUGAAGAAGCAAAAAAAAGUUGUAGUGAAGGAGAACGUUUAGCAAAACUUCAAAAUGAUAAUGAAUCUAUAAUGGAAGCUAAAAAAUGUCUUGAAGAAAUAAAACGUUUGAUAUCUUAA